UAUCUACUUCUUUGUAUAUAUGCUUCUUACAUUACUAUAUAUAUACAUACACUCUACUGUUAUUUACCUUUACCAGCUGGCUAACCUAACCUUGACAAAACAUUCAAAUACAUUCUGUAUCCUUUUACUAUUUGCUUUAAUAUAAAACUUACCACUUAGCUAAUCCUUCCUAUCCAAUGCUACCUUAUCUCUCUCUCUCUCUCUCUCUCUCUCUCUCUCUCUCUCUCUCUAGAUAGCUAGCCAUGAACAUAAAAAACAGUUCUACUAGUACUAAGGAGAAGAAGGAUAAGAAGAUGAUGAUCAUGAGGGGCUUCAUGUGCCAGUCUCCGGCAGCGACCGCCGUUUGUAUGAGUAGAGCCGAUGCUCGCUCAGUUAUGGUGCCUAGAAGAUCAUCCACUAGUAGUCUUAAUAAUAAUUUUGAUAUUAAUUUCAAUCGCACACACUACACAAGAUCACUGCUCAACAGCAACAAAUACUACUACUCCAGGCUCCUCACUUCUCCUCCUCCUCCUCAUCAUGUUCAUGAUCAUGGCAAAAUAUCGCCCUUAUUAAUUAUGCCGUCCACCAGCAAACAAGUAGGAGCUGAUCAUCAUCAUGAUCUUCUUCCUCUUACCCAUCAGCAGCCAAUGUCCUCAAAGACGAUCGAAAAAAGACCGUCCUCUCAUUCAGAUUCAGUCCGGCCUUCAUCCGCCGACGACAAUGUAUUCCAGGUGGUUGUUAUGAGAGUUUCUAUUCACUGUCAAGGAUGUGCUGGUAAAGUGAAGAAACAUCUUUCUAAAAUGGAAGGAGUUACAUCAUUCAGUAUCGACCUAGAGACAAAGAUGGUAACAGUUAGAGGACACGUGUCACCAUCUGCAGUGAUGGAAAGCAUUUCAAAAGUGAAAAAAGCAGAGUUAUUACCCUCUUGAAUCCAUUCAUUCUAAGGUUACCCCAUAUGGAAGCAAAAGUGGAUCCAAUUUUAAUAUUUGCCAUUACCUCCGUUGUGGGUAAAACAUUCCAAAAGGUGGUCCUCCAUAAACAAUAAAAGAGGCCAUGGGGGUGUGUUUUUUGCGUUGGUGUGUUUGAUCAUCAUGUGAGCUGUAGCCAUAUUGAUGGUGAUGUGUUUUCCUUUUCCUAUCGCCAAUUCGAAGUGAUGUUGAUGUAUCAUAGUUAGAAUUUACAAUACAAGAAGAAUUUCUAAUUUUUACCCCUCUUCAUGAGAGAAAGGAUUUGUAUAUCACGGGAAUAAUACAGUUUUGCUAUCCUCCUAUUAAGUAAAAAAGUUAUUGCGCACGACCGAACGAGAUUGAUAAGA